UGGUCACGACACAAUCACAGUUCGCACUCAUUCACUCACGCUUUCUCUCUCUAGACUUAUUGACCCAUCUCUCUCUUUUUCUCUCUCUAUAAAAGCACGCAUAAGAUAACACACACAACCUACUUCACAAGCUCAUCGUAACCAUGGGGUCACUGAAGAAGAAGCUCCAUCAUCAUCAUGAUCAUGAUGAUCGUGGACAUGAAUCAUUAUGCUACGACACACCGCCCAAGCUCUCUAUUCUACCCUCACGGCCGACCAUGCAGCCAGAGGCGCCUACUCCGCCGCCGCGGACGAGGGUAUCGGUUCCGUUUAAGUGGGAGGAAGCACCGGGGAAGCCUAGGCCCUGCCACACCCGAUCCGAGCCCAUGGACAGUGAUAGUACUGUUGCUAGAACCUUGGAGUUGCCUCCGAGGUUGCUGUUCUCGGAGACUAAUGUUUCCAACAACAUGCCUUCUCCAACAACGGUGUUGGAUGGGCCUUACGUUGGACGUGCCAUGUCUUUUACGUCGUCGUAUAGGACCACCCCUAAGGACACAUGGAAUUCCAAUUUUGGGUCUAGCAGGUGGGGCGGAUUGAAGAAGAGCAACAGGGUUGGUCGUGAGGGUAGUUUUGACUUUUCAAAUUGGACUGAAGAUGGUGCUAGUAAGGUGAAGAUCACAAGAGUUAGGAGAAGAGGAAGCUUCUUGAGUCUCUCUGAUGGAAGUUCACACUUGUGGGCAAGCAUUUAUGAAAGCUUAAAGCAAGUGGUCCCUUGGAGCCGCAGGCAAGAAAGGCAGAGAAAAUGGGCACCAAAAAUUGACACCGUUUGAUCUUUAACCAAUCAAACGUUAGAGUCGUCUAUCACACCAUUAACGUACCACUUUUUUCUUUUUUUUUUAAAUUACCGUACCACUUCUAUUUGUACAGGAGCAAGAAUAUAAAGGUGACACAAAUAUAUAUUCCUCUUAUUUAUAAAGAAAUUCUAGGUCAUGAUGCAAAUAUGGUUUCAUGCGAAAGAUAACUUGUUCAAGUGAAUCCUCUCAUAGUGAAUUAUACAUCUUAAGUAUUAAUUUCUU